AUGGAAAUGCUGCAGAUGCUAAAGUUUUCUCUAAAAUCCGGUCAAUCCUUAGAUUUCACACAGGGAACAUCUCAGGAAGAUGUCCUGGAGUUCAUUAAGUCCAUCCAAGAUGGAGAGAAUGCCAUUCCGGAGGAUGUUAAUGUGUAUAUUAAGUCUUUACUGGCAACUGUAGAGUAG